UUAACAUCCAAACAGCUCUCGACCCUUUCUUUAAUUUAUUCUCAAAACGGUUCUCAGUCUCCCCCGAUCUCGAGAGCCCCUCCACCGGAACACUCUUAAUCCCUAUCAUUUUCUCCCACUGGCGACUUCCACCGAAAACCCUAGCUAUUCGUCUCCCCUAACCAUGCUCAACCUUUCCUCCACGCUCGCAACUCACGUUCGGUUUCUGCUCCAGUCGUUGACCGAAGCCAACGCCGAAUCAGUUUCUCGAGAGCUCUGCCAGUUCAUUGAAUAUGGUAUCGAGGGAAGCGUUCUGGUGCUGCAGACUUGCAUGGACUGCUUGAACUCUCACAAGACAGAUUCAAAGAACUUGCAAUUUGAGCAAGUUGUAGCAUCAACUUUUAGACACGCAAUGGACAAGCCAAAUUUUUGUACUGUCUUCUGUCAGUCGCUAAGUAUGGAUAUCAGUGAGGAUUUCUUGGAGAAUUUCUCGAAAGCCAUGCAGUUUUCCAUUUCUGAAAAAAUUGGCAUUGGUCUUGCUCUAUCUGAUUCUGAAAAUACUGAUACAAGAAUCUGUGGGAAGAACUUCUGUAUGGCUCAGGUUGAGGAAUUGCACUCGAAUCCUGCCUCUUUUGGUUCGACAGAGCAAAUUCAGAAUAUAGUUAUGUUCCUCCAAUGCUCUGGUGCCCUUUCCAAGCACGUGGAUUCCUUUAUGCAGAUGUUAUCUCUAGUUCAAGCAAAUGAUGCUGCACAGUUUGUUUUAACACCAAUACUUUCAAAUGAAUUACGCGAGGAUAAUUUCUUAAGGAAUAUUGAUUUCUUCAAUGAAUCUGGAGAAAAUGAUUUUGACACACUUUUGGAAGAAAUGGAGAAGGAAGUGAGUAUGGCAGAUAUCAUUAAGGAACUGGGUUAUGGAUGCACUGUUGAUGCUGCACAUUGCAAAGAGAUUUUAUCUCUUUGUUUACCUCUGACAGAGAUGACUAUAUCUAGAAUACUUGGCACAAUUGUCUUCACCUAUGCUGGGCUUGAGGACAACCAAACCACGUUUUCAACAUUUAGCCUGGUCCUUGGUUGCCACACAUCAUAUGAUUUGCCUUCAUUGAGCUCUUGGAAUAUUGAUGUUCUUAUAAAUUCUAUAAAACAACUUGCUCCUGAUACCAACUGGAUACGAGUUAUUGAAAACCUGGAUCAUGAGGGGUUCUACAUUCCUACUGAGGCAGCAUUCACUUUUUUCAUGUCUGUAUAUCAACAUGCAUGCCAGGACCCCUUUCCACUCCAUGCCAUUUGUGGAUCCGUGUGGAAGAAUAUUGAAGGUCAUCUAUCUUUUCUAAGAUACGCUGUAUCAGCAAUGCCAGAUGUAUUUACCUUUUCCCAUUCUUUGAGGAAGCUGGCCUAUACGGAUGCAGUGCAUGGCCAUAAGCUUCCCCUUGGAAAUGAAAAUCAUGCCUGGCUGUGUCUUGAUCUCUUAGAUGUGCUAUGUCAACUAGCUGAAAGGGGUCACACAAGCUCUGUUCGAUCAAUGCUUGACUAUCCCUUAAAACACUGUUCUGAAAUUCUGCUUCUUGGGAUGGCACAUGUUAAUACCACUUAUAAUCUCCUCCAGCAUGAUGUCACUUCCACAGUUUUUCCAAUGAUAAUUAAAAAUUCCCUGGGUGCUGGUAUGGUACUUCAACUCUGGAAUGUGAAUGCUAAUCUUGUUUUGCGGGGAUUUGUAGAAGUACAGAACACUGAGCCAGACAACAUGAUUAGAAUUUUGGAAGUUUGUCAAGAGUUGAAGAUUUUAUCAUCAGUGCUGGAGAUGAUACCUUUUCCUUCUGGCAUUAGAUUAGCAGUCCUUGCUUCCAGGAAUGAGGUCAUAGAUUUUGAGAAGUGGUUGAGUAAUAACCUGAAUAUAUAUAAAGAUGUUUUUUUGGAGGAGUGCCUAAAGUUCUUGAAGGAGAUACAAUUUGGUGGGUCACAAGAGUUUUCUGCCAAACCUUACCGCCAUGCUACUGAUGUUUCAAAUCUUUAUUUGGAAGCUUGUUCUACCAUUAUCAAGAUCCUUAAAGCCAAUACUGGGGUGAUAUCCUCUACUCUGCUUCUCGAGGAAAUUGAAAGGUUGCAUGUGGCAAUUAUGAAUUCUACUCCAAAGUUGCAGAAUGGUGGGACCAAAGAGUCUUCAACCUCUGACGGAUAUGGAGAUGAUAUUGAGGCAGAAGCCAACUCUUACUUUCAUCAAAUGUUUUCUGAACAGUUGACCACUGAUGCUAUGGUUCAAAUGCUUGCACGAUUCAAGGAAUCUUCUGUGAGAAGGGAACAAGUGAUAUUCGAGUGCAUGAUUGCGAAUCUAUUUGAAGAAUACCGAUUUUUCCCCAAGUAUCCCGAAAGACAGCUCAAAAUUGCUGCAGUUCUCUUUGGCUCUGUGAUCAAGCAGCAACUUGUAACUCACCUAACGCUUGGAAUUGCCUUGCGUGGUGUUCUAGAUGCAUUGCGUAAACCUACAGAUUCAAAAAUGUUUUUGUUUGGAACCAAGGCCUUGGAGCAGUUUGUGGAUCGUUUGAUUGAGUGGCCACAAUAUUGUAACCAUAUUUUACAGAUAUCUCACCUGCGUGCCACUCAUCCAGAAAUUGUUGCUUCCAUUGAACGAGCUCUUGUCAGGAUUUCAUCAGGUCACUUGGAUUCAGAUGGGAACAACAAUCCUUCUGUUCAUCACGAGAUUUCCUCUCAGGUGACCCCAGGAAACGGGGAGUUAAAUAGCUCUAGCAUUGCUCAGCCCGGGCCACAACUUUCUUCUCCACUUCAGCUUGCAAGACAUGAUAGUUCUCAUGAUGACCGUCAUAAAGCCCUUGCUGCAUCAUCAAAUGAUGUGAAACCACUGCUAGCUUCUGUAGGGCAGCCUCCAGUUGCUUCCUUGACUGAUGCUUCUAGCAAUCAGAAACCGCAAGGUGCAGUCAGUGGUUCAUCUAUGCUGUCUGCUUCUCCUGGUUUUGUUCGUUCUUCUCGCGGCGUUACUUCUACUAGAUUUGGCUCUGCUUUGAACAUUGAAACACUAGUUGCUGCUGCUGAGAGGAGAGAGAAGCCAGUAGAGGCUCCUGCAUCUGAGAUUCAGGACAAGAUAUCAUUUAUAAUCAAUAAUAUUUCGGUUGCAAAUCUUGAAGCAAAGGGGAAAGAGUUCACCGAAAUAUUGAAAGAACAAUACUAUACUUGGUUUGCCCAGUACAUGGUUAUGAAAAGAGCAAGCAUUGAGCCAAAUUUUCAUGAUUUGUAUUUGAAGUUCCUUGACAAAGUUAAUUUGAAGGCUUUGACCAAAGAGAUCAUCCAGGCUACGUAUGAGAACUGCAAGGUUUUGUUGGGGUCAGAGCUUAUUAAAUCAAGCUCAGAAGAGCGGUCAUUGUUAAAAAAUUUGGGUAGUUGGCUUGGGAAGUUGACAAUUGGCCGGAAUCAAGUUCUGAGAGCUCGUGAAAUAGAUCCCAAAUCUCUGAUUAUAGAGGCGUAUGAAAAGGGGUUAAUGAUUGCAGUUAUCCCAUUUACUUCAAAGAUUCUUGAGCCAUGUCAAAACAGUCUGGCAUACCAACCCCCAAAUCCCUGGACCAUGGGCAUUCUGGCUUUGCUAGCUGAGAUUUACUCAAUGCCGAACUUAAAAAUGAAUCUCAAGUUUGACAUAGAGGUUCUAUUCAAGAAUCUUAGUGUGGAUAUGAAGGACAUUACACCAACUUGUCUCCUCAAGGAUCGUAAAAGAGAACUUGAGGGCAACCCGGAUUUCUCUAAUAAAGAUGUUGGGGCAUCCCAAGCCUCAAUGGUUGCAGAAAAAUCUGGAAUGGUUCCUCCUCUUAGUCAUGCUGAUUUAUCUCUUGAGGGUGCUAGUCCACCUAAUUCUGGUGGGCCUACACAAUUGCCAUCUCAGUAUGCUGGCCCCUUGCGACUUUCUUCUGGUGCAUUAACGGAGGAUGAGAAACUGGCAGCUUUAGGCUUGUCUGACCAGCUUCCUUCUGCGCAAGGGCUAUUUCAAGCCACUCCAUCGCAGUCACCUUUUUCUGUUAGUCAGCUGUCCGCGUCAAUUCCUAACAUUGGAACUCACAUUAUUAUCAAUCAGAAGCUCAGUUCUCUAGGCUUGCACUUGCCUUUCCAGAGGGUAGUUCCAAUGUCAAUGGACAGAGCUAUCAAAGAGAUUGUAGCUGGUAUUGUUCAGCGCAGUGUUUCUAUAGCAACUCAAACAACAAAGGAGCUUGUUUUAAAGGAUUAUGCUAUGGAAUCGGAUGAGACACGGAUCUAUAAUGCAGCACACUUGAUGGUUGCAAGUUUGGCUGGAAGUCUAGCACAUGUGACAUGCAAGGAACCUUUACGAGGCUCUAUAUCAAGUCAUCUGAGGAGUUCACUUCAGGGAUUGAGCAUUGGCAGUGAUCUUCUAGAGCAAGCUGUUCAGCUUGUUACCAAUGAUAACCUUGAUCUUGGUUGUGCGGUGAUUGAACAGGCCGCUACAGAUAAGGCAAUACAAACUAUUGAUGGAGAGAUAGCUACCCAACUUGCUUUAAGAAGAAAGCAUAGGGAUCCCACAUUUUUUGAUCCAAACAUGUAUGGUCAAGGUUCUGUGGGUGUUGUGCCUGAAGCUCUUCGACCUAAACCAGGCCACUUGUCUCUCUCUCAACAGCGAGUUUAUGAGGACUUUGUUCGGCUUCCUUGGCAAAAUCAAUCCGGCCAGAGUUCGCAUGCUAUAUCUGCCAGUCCUUCAAGUUUAUCUGGCGAUGCUGGUCUCACUGCCACAUUUGGUUCAACAUCAGGGCAAGUGACUCCUGGUUACACAUCUGUCCCAGGGAACUUGGGACAAUUGGAUGUUGCUUCUGAGGCAAUUGAAACUACGUCGGGUGCCCUUUUGAGUGCUUCCUCAAUCCAUAUUGGCACAGUAGCUGCUCUUACCCAACAGACUACUGAAAAUGAUCCCCUCGAUGCUUCAUUCCCUUCAACAACUGGUUCCCCUGAAUUACACUCAGUGGAUACCACUGAUGCUGUAAAAGAAUUGGGACCUACAUCACAGCCGGUACCUUUAUCUGCUGCCACUGAGCGUCUUGGAAAUAGCAUAUCGGAGGCUUCACUGAGCACAAGGGAUGCAAUGGAUAAAUAUCAGAUAGUUGCUCUGAAGUUGGAAAGUUUGGUGGCAACUGAUGGUAGAGAAGCUGACAUCCAGGGACUGAUCUCUGAGGUACCUGAAAUCAUACUCAGAUGUAUAAGUAGGGACGAGGCUGCACUGGCUGUGGCUCAAAAGGUUUUCAAAGGCUUAUAUGAGAAUGCAUCCAAUAGUCUUCAUGUCAGUGCCCAUCUUUCUAUUCUGUCUGCUGUCCGUGAUGUUUGCAAGCUUGCUGUUAAAGAGCUUACUAGUUGGGUGAUAUAUUCAGACGAGGAGCGAAAAUUCAACAAAGAAAUCACUGUUGGUCUUAUUCGAAGUGAAUUGCUGAAUCUUGCGGAGUACAACGUUCAUAUGGCAAAACUUAUUGAUGGGGGAAGGAAUAAAGCUGCUAUGGAAUUUGCAAUAUCGCUUCUUCAAACUUUGGUUACUGAUGAAUCCAGAGUUAUCUCAGAAUUCCACAAUCUUGUUGAUGCGUUGGCAAAGGUUGCUUCAAGACCUGGAUAUCCUGAAUCAUUGCAACAUUUGAUUGAGAUGGUCAGAAAUCCUUCUUCAAGUAUGGCUGUUUUAUCCACUGCCUCUGAUGGAAAGGAGGAUAAGGCUAGGCAGUCUAGAGACAAGAAGGCACCUGGUCUUGCCCCAGCUAACAGGGAAGAUAAUAGUAAUAUAGAGGCACUAGAACCAGACCCUGCCGGCUUCAAGGAGCAGGUUUCCAUGUUGUUUGCAGAAUGGUGCCAGAUAUAUGAGCAUCCUGGAGCAAAUGAUGGGCCUUGUAAUCAUUUCAUUGUACAAUUGCAUCAAAAUGGACUGCUUAAAGGGGAUGAUAUGACAGAGCGCUUUUUCCGUAAUAUCACGGAACUCUCUGUUGCAUAUUGCCUAUCUACCGAAGGCAUGAGUUCUGGCACGAUGCAGUCACCUCAGCAAGUGCAAACUCUCUCGUUCCUUGCCAUUGAUAUUUAUGCAAAACUUGUGCUGUCAAUCCUUAAGUAUUGCCCAGUGGAACAGGGAUUAAGUAAACUAUUUCUUUUGUCCAAGAUUUUGACUGUCACUGUGAAAGUUAUUCAAAAAGAGGCAGAGGAUAAGAAAGCAUCUUUUAAUCCAAGACCAUAUUUCAGAUUAUUUAUUAACUGGAUGUUAGAUCUCGGCUCCUUGGACCCUGUCCCUGAUGGUGUGAAUUUUCAGAUUUUGACAGCCUUUGCCAAUGCUUUUCAUGCUCUGCAUCCCCUUAAAGUUCCUGCUUUCAGCUUUGCGUGGCUGGAGCUAGUCAGUCACAGGAGUUUCAUGCCAAAAUUGCUCACUGGACAUGCUCAGAAGGGUUGGCCCUAUAUCCAACGGUUGCUGGUAGACUUGCUUCAGUUCCUGGAGCCUUUUUUGAGGAAUGCUGAGCUCGGAGGGCCGGUUCAUUUCCUCUAUAAAGGCACACUAAGGGUCCUGCUAGUUCUUCUUCACGACUUUCCUGAGUUCCUGUGUGAUUGUCAUUUUACCUUUUGUGAUGUGAUUCCUCCGAGCUGCAUACAGAUGCGGAACAUUAUCCUUAGUGCUUUUCCUCGCAAUAUGAGGUUACCAGAUCCAUCUACUCCCAAUUUAAAGAUUGAUUUGCUUCCAGAAAUCAGAGAACCCCCUCGCAUCCUCUCUGAGGUUGAUGCUGCUCUUAAAGCAAAACAGAUGAAGGCUGAAGUAGAUGAGUAUCUCAAGAUGAGGCCCCAAGGAGGAUCUACAUUUCUAACUGAACUGAAACAAAGACUACUCCUUUCACCUAGCGAGGCAGCAUCAGCUGGUACCCGUUAUAAUGUACCAUUGAUCAACUCACUGGUGCUUUAUGUUGGUAUGCAGGCCAUUCAGCAACUGCAGUCAAGAGUACCUCAUGGACAAUCGACAGCAAGCACUGCUCCAAUGAGUGUGUUUUUGGUUAGUGCGGCCUUGGAUAUAUUCCAGACUCUAAUAGCGGACCUUGAUACUGAGGGGCGUUAUCUGUUUCUCAAUGCAAUUGCUAACCAAUUGCGAUAUCCAAACAACCAUACACAUUACUUCUCCUUCAUCUUACUAUACAUGUUUGCCGAAGCGAAUCAGGAAAUAAUCCAGGAGCAAAUUACAAGAGUUUUGUUGGAACGGCUGAUUGUUAAUAAACCUCAUCCUUGGGGUCUUCUAAUUACCUUCAUUGAGCUCAUAAAGAAUCCAAGAUACAACUUCUGGAAUCGAUCGUUCAUUAGGUGUGCGCCUGAGAUUGAAAAACUCUUUGAAUCUGUUGCAAGGUCAUGUGGGGGCCUGAAACCUGUGGACGAGGGUAUGGUUUCUGGUUGGGUGUCUGAUAGCGCACACUGACUAGUUUUUCCUUUUCUAAUGCCAUAAUAUACCGGAACUGUAGUUUUUAGAAUAUCAGGUAUUAUUUUUAGUUGUCCCCGUAUGAAACUAGUUAUUCCAGAGCACUGAAGUUCUUUUGAUUGUUGUAAAUGGCUUGCUUAGGGCCGGUAGUUAUUACAUACAUUUUCGUGUAUAAAAUUUGUGAAUUGAGCAUCAUGCAACUCAAGCCAUUGAAGUUAA